GGUUGUCUGGUACAUUGUUGCUCAACCCAACCAAAUAGAGAAGAUUUUCAAGAGAAAUGGGUGCCUCUCUUCUUUCAUCAACAGCAAUUUUCAGAGUCAUGUUCAUAGUUUUGAACACUCUGUGGCUCUCUCCUGAGCUUGCCAGUAGUGCUGGCGUUACUAGACAUUACAAGUUCCAUAUCAAGCUGCAGAAUGUGACAAGAUUGUGCCACACGAAGAGCAUUGUGAGUGUGAAUGGGCAGUUUCCAGGACCUCCCAUCAUUGCUAGAGAAGGAGAUCAAGUGGUGGUUAAGGUGAUUAACCAUGUGCAGAACAAUGUCACCAUCCAUUGGCAUGGAGUUCGACAGCUUCGAAGCGGGUGGGCUGAUGGGCCUGCAUAUGUGACUCAGUGCCCUAUUCAAACAGGCCAGACCUAUGUAUACAAUUUCACCAUCACUGGCCAAAGGGGAACCCUGUUUUGGCAUGCUCACAUUUCAUGGCUAAGAGCCACUCUCUAUGGACCCAUCAUCAUCCUACCAAAGAAAAAUGUGCCUUACCCAUUUGUCAAACCCUACAAGGAAGUUCCCAUCAUAUUUGGAGAAUGGUGGAAUGCUGAUCCUGAGGCAGUCAUCACCCAGGCCCUGCAGAAUGGAGGAGGCCCCAAUGUCUCCGAUGCCUACACCAUCAACGGCCUCCCUGGCCCCUUGUACAACUGCUCAGCUCAAGAUACUUUCAAGCUAAAGGUGAAACCUGGAAGGACAUACCUCCUGAGAUUGAUCAAUGCUGCACUCAAUGAUGAGCUCUUCUUCAGCAUUGCCAAUCACACCCUUACAGUGGUUGAUGUGGAUGCUAUUUAUGUCAAACCCUUUAAAACUGAUACAAUUCUGAUCACACCAGGCCAAACCACCAACCUCCUCCUCAAAGCCAAACCCCACUUCCCUAAUGCCACCUUCCUUAUGGCUGCUCGCCCUUAUGCCACUGGCCGUGGAACUUUUGACAAUUCCACUGUCACCGGUCUCCUCCACUAUGAAACACCACCCAAAUCCUCUCCCUCUGCCUCCUCAUUUAAAAAUCUUCCCCUCUUCAAACCAACACUCCCUCCUCUAAACGACACUUCCUUUGCAGCCAACUUCACUCACAAACUCCGCAGUUUAGCAAAUAGUCAGUUCCCUGCUAAUGUACCUCAAAAGGUUGAUAAACGAUUUUUCUUCACGGUUGGGCUGGGGACAAACCCUUGCCCCCAGAACCAGACUUGUCAAGGACCCAAUAAUAGCACCAAGUUUUCAGCUUCGGUUAACAACGUCUCCUUUGUUCUACCCACCACAGCCAUCCUCCAAGCACACUUUUUUCAGCAAUCCAAUGGCGUCUACACCACUGAUUUUCCAGCCACUCCAAUCUUUCCUUUCAAUUAUACGGGGACACCACCCAACAACACCAUGGUGAACAAUGGAACUAAGGUGGUGGUGCUUCCAUUUAACACCAGUGUGGAGUUAGUGCUGCAAGAUACUAGUAUUCUUGGGAUUGAAAGCCACCCCUUGCACCUUCAUGGGUUCAACUUCUUUGUGGUUGGUCAAGGCUUUGGGAACUUCGAUUCAAAGAAGGAUCCUCCCAAAUUCAAUCUCGUAGACCCAGUUGAGAGGAACACGGUGGGCGUGCCUUCUGGAGGAUGGGUGGCUAUUCGCUUCCUUGCUGACAACCCAGGUGUAUGGUUCAUGCACUGCCACUUCGAAGUUCACAUGAGCUGGGGCUUGAAAAUGGUUUGGAUGGUAAUGGAUGGGAAACUGCCUAACCAGAAGCUGCCUCCUCCACCCUCUGAUCUUCCCCAAUGUUGACCUCUCUUUCUUCCUAAACCCUUUUGACCUCAUCUUGGCCUCAAAUGAUGCCACCAUUUUUCCCCCAUUUCUUUUUUCUUUUAACUUAUUAACGAUGUUUCAGAUUGAUUGUUUGUUUCCUAAAUGUGUUUUUUCUACAUGUAAUAAAAUUGGAGAAAUUUUUGGUAAUAAAGAAAUUGUUAUUCAUUUGUUUCA